AGCCAGGACUCCAAAAAUAAGAGCAGUGAGCUGCAACAGAUCUCUUUUAUCUCACGGAGUGACAAAGCCAGGGGAAGUGUAGUGUUGGUCAGUUUCAGACGACAGAAGUGGAACACGCCCCUGUGCUCCUGUUAUCUCACAGUCAGUCCACUCCCACAGCAACAGCUUCCAUCACCACAGUGAAGGUGGAGACUCUAAACAGUUGCCCAGCAUCGGAGCGUAUCCUUGGAUUUCUCCCGUAAAAAAGGUUCAACAAGACAACGCAAAAAUGGGAUGUUUUGGAUUCCUCAAAGCCAUGAUGUUUGUUUUCAAUGGCAUCAUAUUUCUGGCGGGCGUUGGGAUCCUGGCUGUAGGGAUCUGGGUGAAGGUGGACAGUGGCUCAAUCCUCGGUUUCCUCGGGGCGAUUGAAAACGCGCCGGCAGAGCUCAGUCAGGUGCUCAACGUGGGCUACCUGUUGAUUGCACUCGGAGCGCUGCUGGUUGUUAUCGGCUUCCUCGGCUGCUGCGGAGCUGUUAAAGAGAGCAGGUGUAUGCUGCUGCUGUUUUUUAUCAUCGUCCUUCUGGUCUUCAUCGCGGAGGUUGCAGGUGCAGUGGUGAUCCUGGUGUUCAGGCCUUUGGCCGACGAGCUGCUCGAAAAGCUCGGCACGGCAGCAGUUAAGAACAUCAAGGCAGACUAUGGGCGUAAUCCGGACGUCACAGGACUGUGGGACACGACGAUGAACACGUUAAAGUGCUGUGGAUUCUACAACCAUACAGACUUCACCGACUCGCCAUAUUAUGUCAACAACGCCAACCAGUACCCACCGCAGUGCUGUCCAGGCAAAAAUUCCACAUGCAGUCUGCCAGUGGCUGAAAGUUUGCCGAUCGCCGGCUGCUUCCCAAAGAUCUUGGACCUGAUUGAUAACAACACGGUGGUCAUCGUUGGCGUGGCACUGGGCAUUGCAGCUCUGGAGAUCUGCGCCAUGAUCGUCUCCAUGACCCUUUACUGCAGAAUAAAAUCCACAAGUGCCUGACAACAAAGAGAUUCCCCUCAUCACUGAAGACAGUCACUGUCUCAUCAUCAUGUGCAAUCACAGAUACUUAACGGCAUAACAACUUCUAUUUUGUACGAUAUUUAAAUCCAGUAGAUGAC